UGCGUAUCCCAGAACAAUCUAGUUCAUCAGCUGUGUCCUUUGUUUUCAAGUUUUCGAGCGGUUCAAUAAGAUCCUCAUCAAAGGCGCUAUUCUGUUCGUUUCAGCUCUUCUUCUCGAAAAAGUCCGUUAAAAAGAACGAACUAAGGGUGCGUGUGUGUGAAAACGAGAAUUUACAUAGUUUUAGUAAUGGACUUUUCGCGAAGAAGAAAUAUCUCGCGUUUGGAGGGCCCGUCCUCUACUCUGAUAGAGAUCUCAGCACGCGAUGUUUCUCUGACAAUAUUCUGUGAGCCAUAUGGCGACGCUGGGCGUACCGCUCGUCUUCAAGAAGCUUUUGACGCGUACCAAACCCACGCGGUAGGUGAGACCAAGUGGAUGACUCUCGAAGAGAUGCGGGAAUUUCAAGCACAAUCGCAGCAUCAGAAUCAGUUAGUCCACUAUGUUUGUGAUCCAUUUGAAGGUCCUGUGUUUGAUCUUGCUCAAGCUUCGGAGCAUCCGGUAUGGGGUCCUCUGGUGUUAUUGCGUUGUUUGAGAGACAAGCGCGCUCUUCCGUUGUUCCAAAAAGGACAGGCAAUCUAUUCACUAGCGAUGAAAAACGUAAUAGCUACUUUCUCGUCAGUGACUCCAGCGCGGCGAGUGGGUCUCACCCAGCGAAUCCGGUGGAUGGGGGGUCGAAUGGAAGCCGCACUCAACAACACGGUUACCCAUGUUGUUACAGACGAGGUAGGCUCAAAGAAGUACAUUGUUGGCGCCCAGCGUGGUCUUGCACUGCAAACAACCGCGUGGAUUGAUCGUGUUUGGGAUACGACGCAACAUGAACUCAAACAUGCACUUUCUAUCGCAGAAGAAUUUAGGACUCCAAUAUUUGCCAAUUUAACGAUCACCACGUCCGGCCUUGCUGAAGAUGAAAAGGCUGAAGUAACAAAACUUAUACAAGAUAACGGUGGAACUUACACUGGAAAGUUAACUAAAGCAAAUACGCAUCUUGUGGUUCGAGAAGGAAAAGGUGCAAAGUAUACAGCGGCCUUAAAAUGGCAGUUGCACGUGGUUACGCCGGACUGGGUAUCCAAUUCAGUAAAGAAAGGUUUCAUGGUUGAUCCUAUUCAGUAUCUCAUUGGAGAAUCUAUAGAGCCGUUAACCGGGAAAAAUGAUACCGUAAUGAAUUCAAGUGUAACAUCCGUCGCCUCUACUAUAUCGAGGUCGGUUCUCUCCGAAAGGACAACGAAUGUUUCUUCUGGAAGCACCGCCGCUGGGGAUCCUGCCUACAGUGAGGUACUCCGACUCAAAAAAGAGGAUGUUUCGGGUGCUGGGCAAUUCCUGGAUGGCUGUUCGGUUCAUGUAUUCGGCGUUCGAGAUAAGACGUUAUUAGACCGUUUGCAUCAAAUAAUAAAUCAGGCGGGUGGUCUACGGGAAGAUGCUUUCAACGAUGGCGUAACACACAUUAUAACGAUCCCAUCGGCGAGCGGCCUAUCUGAACUUCAACGCAACAUCGAGGCUACUUUUGCUUCACCGGCUGUGAUCCUACCAUCAUGGUUGGUGGCUUGUGUUCGCGAAAAAUCGUUGGUGUCGCCAGUAAAUUACGCCGUUCCUGGAUUCGACCCCCCACCAGAAGCGGGCGAAGGGGUAGACAGGUCAGACGGAGAGCACACAACUCAUAGCUCGGCAUGUUUGGGCGUUACCGCGAACCCUAAUUGCUCAUGUAGCAGCGUGGGUAAUAAAACUUCUUCAAAACAUUUGACGCUCGGCACUUCUGUUAGCGCCAGUGUAACAGGCUGUCUAAAUGGAAAGGCAUUUUGUCUGACACAAGAACUGCGCACAAUGUAUUUGAAUGUAGUACAUGACUUGCCUGCUCUUCGGGAGGGUAUCGAAUCUCUAGGGGGACACCUUGUCGAUUCCGAAGACACUGUUGGCCCUUCUCAAGAACUAUAUAUGGUUUACACGAAUAUGGUGUCAGCUACACUGCCCCCACCAAAUUCGAUUACUAUACUCUUUCUCGAAGGUGUAAUUAAACAACGGCGUUGGACAGAUCCCUCGGUCAGCCUUUUCUUUCAGGUGCUCCAUGCCCCGAGGGCUGACGUUCCCAACGGGGUAAUGUCCAGCGUUGUAGUUACUCCUACAGGCUUUAGCGAGCAAGAAGUAACGAGUAUGUCACGAGCCCUCGCUCUAUUUGGUGCUUCCCUUCAAGCUGUCAUGGUACGGAGUAGUAAACCAGACAAAAAGCUCUGGGCCACAACACACCUCGUUUGUGCAACGGAUAAAAGCAACGGAAAGCUAGAAGCAGCCAAACGGUGGAAAAUUCCAGCGGUCACGCUGGAAUGGGUGCUUGUUUGCGCUCGGGAAGGUUGCCGCGUUGGUGUAAAGGAAUACCUCAUAGAUCCCGGCCAAUGGGAAUCGCUACCGGACGCAGCAAAAAAAUCUCCCCGCAGACCGCCCCCAGAAACUCCGGUUGAAAAGCGAAAGAGGCCUAUUGAAUUUCAAACAACACCUUCGCAAGGAUUGGACAUUUCGCGCAAACAGACACCGCCGCCAAUAACAACGAUAGUGACUCCAGGAACAGCCGUUAACAACAGUGGAACUGCAGCGGCCAGUGAUCGUCGUCCUUCAGGGGCUCAGACGCCGAUGUUGUCCUCUCAGCGAAUGCGGGAAAUCUACGAAGAGUGUAGCCGUUUCAAAACACCCAAGAGGUCAAACGGCGCAGAUGUGGACUCGCCCGGAAUGCCCCGAAUCGGGGCUGACAAGAUAUCCGAGAUGGUUCAGCAAAUUCAAGACUCGCCUUUGCGACCAUACGAUAUUCCUGAGGCUUCGUUUAAUGAAAAGUGCUCGCAAGCUGUGAGCGCUAAAUCAUGUUUAACAAUCGGCCGCCCACUGGACGGAAUUGUCGCAGUAAUUGAUGAAGACGGCUUAAAGCCUUGUUCACUCGAACUGAAGAUGUCAAUCGAACGCCUGGGGGGCUGGGUAUGCCACACUGUAGAGCGGUGUACACUGAUUAUUUUGCCACCGAGUCAUAAGCAAUCUGACGAUGGUCGUCGGUUGCGAGUGAGCGCACAAAGAUUAAACAAGCCAAUCGUUGGUGUUGAAUGGGUCUGGGCUACCAUUGAUACCAUGGAGAGACCUCUAUUAGUAGAGUUUCCUCCUAACUACGAAGAAAAAUAUGGAGCACCGUAUGUCCGAUGUAAAAAGCUUAGUGACUACGUACCCAAAUGGGAGGACUCCGACCUUGACAUAUCGGUACCGAAAGUUGACGAUGCGCCGAGGACUACGACGAAGGACACAUCUGGAGUAACUCUAGAGAAUGAAGCUGACUUAUCGAUGCCUGUCGUGGAGCAACCGAGCGUCGAGAGUAGUCACGCUACUCCUAGGCAGAAAGCGAACACAGCAAAAAUAGAACAGGGCAGUGUUGCUGAUGUUAGUGAGGACGAGGAUCAGGACAAAUCUGUUCCCUCCAACAAUAUUCAUGUCUGCAAUGUUUCUACUGAGGGGGCCGCAUCUAGCAGUCGAUUCCUUAGGCCAAGGCGGUCAUCCGUGGCGUCGGUGGGGUCAGAGGUGCCCGCCACUCCGAUGGAAGCCCCGCAAGCAGAUAAAACUUUACAAAAGGCUAGCUCUGCCGCUUCCGUGUCAAAGGAUCCCCUACGAGAGAUACUAAGACGGAACUCGGGACGCCAAGCAACUCCUUUAGUUCGUCGAUUGUCUCGGGCUGAUAUGGACGAUACGAACCGGUCUCAGAACAGGCGGUCUCAGCUCGUUAUGGCUAGUCAAUGUUCAAUAGGAAGUGUUCUUGCAGAUAUCGAGACACAGCCAGAAGAAGGCGUCACUUACGGCAGAACAAUGACAAUUCCCACAUCCACUCAGUUAAACAGCACUGUGUACGGGGAUGCCGUUGCUCCAAAUUUUGGAGACGUAUCCAUGGUGCGGCAUUGCACUGAUGAGAUGAUGAAUAAUCCAGCUGUAACGAAAGCUACUCCAAAAAGAUUGCGAGACACUUUUGAGGUUCAAGAUACGCCUGGGAAGAGAUUUAAAAAGAAUCCUGUGAAACACGAGCUUACUCAUAACGAUACAACAGAAGUAGCUUCACCACCUCUAACGAAAAAGUCGACUGAAAAGGUGUACGAGUUGUAUCACCUUGAUGAAGAGACAGAUAAACGGUGUCGGCACCUAAUUACCGAGCUAGGAGGAGCCAUCGUGGAUAACCUUUCAGCUGAGGUUAGUGCUCCUUCGAGUAUUGAAAAGAUCACUAUUAUAGACCCCACCCAACCGCGGAUUAUGAAGAAAAGUUCUCUACUUCAACAGCUGGCGUGUGGUGGUUGGGUUCUCGCGCCAAGUUACGUUGAUGAUAGCUCGGCAGCCGGAUACUUCUUACCGGAGGCUGAGUACAUGUUAGGUGUUGGCACGAAAGGGCAACCCGAAUCCAACAUCCGAAAGAUAUCGGCUGAACGCUUCGCGUGCUGGCCGCGAUGGAGGAAACAGCGUCUCGAAUAUGGCACCGGAGCUUUUGACAAGUGGAAAGUAGGGCUAUUCAGUUCGACAGUGGAACGAGAACGUGGCCAUCGACUGUUGUUAACAGCCGGUGGUGCCGUGGUCCUCAAUCGAGAGGACAUGGACGCGCUCAAGGAAGCGACGCACAUUUUUGUGACAAAGGGAGAUACCAGCACCGCAAGAAAGCUGCGCGCCAAGCUUGGACCGAGCGCAUUAAUAGUCGCCCCAGACUACAUGCUACACUAUUUGUCGCUUGGUGAGGUGGAUCCAGCAGCAUUUGCGAUACAAUAGGUAUAAUAAAGGCUAAUGAAUUCAAUAUAGUGCAAAGAGCACCACAAAAUAUUUGUAUCAAUGCUUAUCGGUGCAUAAUGUGUUUUGUAAUCUGCUAUGUAAAUAAGUGUGGUUCUUGUAUAUAAGUAUGGCUUGAGCAAACCUAUUAGUGUGAUCGUUAACCACGAACGGAACGAAGACUUAAUAUAGAACCAAUAAUGAGAAGAUAAAUAUUACUGAUAUGACUAAGGUUGUUUUUGCUUGAACAAACAACUACGUGGUAAAAUGACAGGCUCAAGUGAUGAAUGCAAAUAAAUGGGACCAAGCCGUUUAU